AUGAACGAUCUUAGUGUAGUGGGUGAGAGCCAGGGAUUGCUUGUGUCUCCGUACAGUGUCACUGGACUGGACUAUCCCUCGAAACAGCUGCAGCAGCAGCACCAGGAGCAGCAACAACCGACGGAAGUAACCCCACCAGCUAGCAGCGGUGCAGUAGUGAGCUACUUCCAGCAGUUCUUCUAUCCUAGCAACGUACAACAAACGCCAACUGCGCGGGUGCUGCAUGGUGCACGUGAGUUUCCAAGUCCACUAGAUCUGUCGCUGCGCCCGUGCACCAAUGUGCCCAUGACGCCACCGUCCACACCGUCACCACCGAGAAAACGGUUAAAGUCAUUUGAGGAAUCGGUGACGGUUCCACCAUUAGACCCCGAUUGGCGUCCUCAGUUGGUUCAGUUGACGCCAAAGAAUCAAUUCUCCGAUACCGUGUGCAUCGACGACAAACGAUACUAUGCCAAUACGACACUAGGGUCUGUUGGUGGAAAUAGGAGCAGCAGUGAGAGUGGCCACUUCCAGUACUUUCACGACGGUGUACGCUAUCCGCCAAUAGGCGAGGCAGGUUCUGCCUUAGAAAUUCCAGAGACAGUACCGUCUGAUACCGCUGAAGAGGAUGGUGAUAAGGUGGAGGAGUUUAUCGAUAUUACCGGUGGUCCGGAAGAGGGUCCGGAACCACUGGACACUGGAGACGAUCGUGAAGAGGACGAGGAUGAAGAUGCUGCAGGCUUAAGCCCUGCGGUGGAUGUGCAUUCAGAUUGUUCCAGCAUUGAUGUGGAAUCACUGGAGAACGCAGACGAUCAAGACAGUAGCGGAUCGAUUAAUAUUGUCGAUAGCGAAGAGAACCAAGAACUACACGAUGCGGUUCUGGUCGAUGGAAAACAGUACUUUGAGGACGAACGCCUUCAUCUGCAAGCGAUCGAAGGAUUUGCGCGGCUAUUCGAGCGUAGUUUUGGAGGAUUUAGUGAGAAGAAUACGGCAUCCGGGACCGGAAAGGCAUCACGUGGAGCUUCUAAAAGCGAACGACGACGGAACAAGACACGCAAACAUCCGGUCGACGAUGAUAACUCUAGUCCCGUGUCCGGUACGAUCAUCCGGAAGCUGCAGGACGGUGAGGAGCUUGUCGUGCGCAAAGGUGACAUCGAUCCGGCUUUCAAUGUGGUCGAGAUAACGGACGAGGCGAAGGAGAUACUGUCGAAGAUUGAGAACAAGAUCGGCUCGUACCUGUGUCAGCUGUGCCGGGCACUGUACGACGAUGCGUUCGGAUUGGCCCAGCAUCGAUGCUCACGGAUCGUUCACAUCGAGUACCGGUGUUCCGAGUGCGAUAAGGUGUUUAACUGUCCGGCCAAUCUGGCUUCACACAAGCGCUGGCAUAAACCACGUGGUGCGCAAGGGGAAGGAAGAAAGUCUAGUGGCAAACCUGGACGCGCGACGGUGGAAGAGCAUUCCAAGGAUGAGGAACCGAUCGAAAUUUUGGAUAACUCGAAUGACGUCCAGGAGCAGAGCUCGGUACAGCCACAGCAAAUGCCACCGAAGGAAGAAUCCUACCCUUGUGGCCAGUGCGGCAAAACGUUCCAACGGCAAAGUUACCUCAAGAAGCACUCCGUUACCCAUCAGCAGAUGGAACCGACGCUCGUGCGAACCAUUCCACCGGCUGGUAGCACAGGAACGGAUACACGAUCACCAAGCUAUGGAUCCACUUUGCCUUCCUCUCCAUCUUCCACCAUUACCACCGCUGUGCAGCAGCUUCCUCGGCCAUCUCCUGCGGCAGCAGGGGGCUGUGGAUUUGCGGUUGCGUUCGACAAAUUGACGCGCCCCUUGGCAACGCCUAGUGCCGGGUCUGCGACGUUGUUCCCAUUCGCCGCCUGCUACGGUGGCAUGGCAACGCUGGCGAAUGCUGGAGCGGCUGCUGCUGCAGCGGCCGCUGCUGCCGCGGUUGGUUCCAAUCAUCACUACAGCGAGCUAGAGAAGCGUCGCUGGCAAUCACUUGGUGAGCUGUAUCUGCAGCAGCGCGAUCGUCUGUCGGCUUUCCAGUACGUGAGGCAUCAUCAGUAUGGCGAUUACCUGAAAUGCUUUAAUCCCUUCCAAUUCGGUCGCGAUAAAGCCUGACCUAACGUUCUGCGGCCAGUGCCACGUCUGGCCGCCGCUCCCACCCUCUGGCCAUCACACACGAACCCCUCGACUAACCCGGCUAACCACCCACCGCCAGUGUUGGAAAACAGCACACAUCCACCACCACCGACACUACUACCAUCUUCGACCCAUUCGGAGCAUCCAGUAGAGUCUUCAAUCGCAGUUCUGCCGACACCGAUGACGGUCCCUGGAUCAUCGGUACUUCCACCGACAGGUUCUUCGGCGACAACGGCAUUUGGAGGCUCGGUGCAGCUGACGAGUUCGAAUCA